UAUUGCUUCGAUUUAAAAUUCAAAAUUGAAAAAUUGAAAAUUGAAAUUUGUAAUUUGUGCAUUUGCGAUUCCAGUUAAUAGGCUAGAAAUGCCCAAGAAUCCGAAAUGGUAUAUGCUCGCGCUGCGUGGCUCCUUGACCUGUCUCAAUAACUUUGCCAAUCGCAAGAUAUCGAAUGACAGGCACGAAGUGAACCAAUUUGACAUAGCCAAAGAGAGCCCACGUGAUACGGAUGCGCCGCGAGAGCCACUCAGACAGAUGAAAGCUGAACAAACCACACAGAAAAACGAUAAUGCGCACAAAGCUCUGAUUCAAAGCGACCAAUCCCAGCUUAAGCAUAGUGGAAAGUUAGAGGAAUUCGCUAGGGAACUACGUUAUCGCGAGCUAAAGCGCUACUAUGCAAAUCUAAUUGAAUCAGAGCGAUCCAUAACGAAGAUUAUUCACAGAAGUACGUGCCCCGACUGCGGUUUGCUCAAGCCUCAAAUUAACCGAAAGGAUAUCAGCAAAAACAUCUAUUGUUGGGGUCCGACAACCCUGUGCCAAGGCAAGAGCCAGACUACCUAGCUUACAUGACGAGGAUGCUGCUCCCACUUGUGAAACGCUUGAAGCGAGCCAUGUCUAAAAGUAUUUUCUCUCAAUUAUUCUUUUACUUGAGGGUGCAGAUUGAGUUUGCAUUGCAUAAGAGCUGCUGCUCAAUCUAUGCUCUCCAAUAAGAGUAUGAAUUGAAAGGAGUAUGCCGAGGAUCAGCAUCAUAAGGGCAUGUUACAGAAGGAUGCUGCUCUCUAAUCUUUCUCUCACUUCAGAGUAUAGUUCGAGAGAUCAUGCCAUAGAAACUGCUCUCUCCAAUUAUACUUUCACUGGAGAGCAAGGAUCCAAAGGGUGUCAUUAUCUCAAGUGGUAAGCAGCAUCAGCCUCCCAUAAGCCCUUCAGCCGUAAACUUUGUUCAAUUAAAUAAAAUCACAUGUGCGUCCAAAA